CUUCUUCUUUUUAGUAUCUUAUCCACAUUAUUCACGUGCGUUUUUCCUGCGCUAGCACUAGCCCGUGUUGUCGCUCACAUUUGCAAACAUGCCAACCAAGAGAAAACGUCGAGGAAAUGGCCCGGCGGAGAAAAAGGCGAAACAGGCCAGAUUAAUGUUGGAAGAGGGCCUCGAUGCUAUAGAUUCAACGGCACAACAGGAGAUCAUGGUCCCAGCACCAGUUUCUAUGGGUAAAUGGAAAAACAAAGAAAGAGUCCUAAUUUUCUCUUCAAGAGGCGUCAACUUCCGAACGAGGCAUCUGAUGAACGAUUUAAGGACCAUGAUGCCUCACUCCAAAGCAGAUACAAAAAUGGACAGAAAGGACAAACUCUUCGUCAUAAAUGAGGUGUGUGAAAUAAAAAACUGCAACAAAUGUCUCUAUUUUGAGGCAAAGAAGAAACAGGAUCUUUACAUGUGGAUGUCAAACAGCCCCCAUGGACCAUCCGUAAAGUUUCUUGUACAAAAUAUACACACACUGGCUGAACUGAAAAUGACGGGAAACUGCCUCAAAGGGUCCAGGCCACUGCUGUCCUUCGAUCCUAAAUUCGACAAGGAACCUCACCUUGCUUUACUGAAGGAGUUGUUCACCCAGACAUUUGCCACACCACACUAUCACCCCAAAAGUCAACCGUUUGUGGACCAUGUCUUCACAUUCAGCAUCGCAGACAACCGGAUCUGGUUCAGAAACUACCAGAUUAUUGAAGAGGACGGAUCUCUGGUGGAGAUUGGGCCUCGCUUCGUGCUCAACAUCAUCAAGAUCUUCCAGGGGAGCUUCGGGGGUCCAACCCUCUUUGAGAAUCCCCACUUCCAGUCUCCCAACAUGCACCGGCGGGAGCUGCGACAGGCCAGCACGGCCAAGCUGCGCGAGAAGCAGAUGCUGAAGGAGAUCCAGAAGAUGAAGCGGUUCGAGAACAAGGAGGUGGCCACCAAGGACGUGACGGAGGACGUGUUCGCCACGCCGGGGCAGGAGAAGCCCGUCCACAUCCAGGAGGUGGAGCCGGGCCAGGAACCCCAUAAGAGGAAGCCCAAGCCCUUCAAGAGGAGACGCAUGCAGAUGAGGAGCUAGGAACAGGCGGUGUGUCCCGCUGGAUGGGCGGGCGUGACAGAGCAGGGUUUGAACUGUAAAAGAUUCAGAAGUAUUGUCGUGUUGCAAUUUUUAUUGCUGUUUCAGUGCGAUUAAGAGGAUUUUGUUAUCCCAACUGGGGACUUCAAAUGUGUUUUUAUUUGGUUCUUGUAUGUACACCAACUGUAUGUAAUCCAACUUCCGAAACGUCUGCAAGGACAAAGCCGGUAUAAAACAGAUUUUAUUUUAUCUGGAACCUUUUUCUGUAAUAAAUCCUACAUUUUACAAAUUCCAAA